CCGGGAGGCUGAGGCUUCACACAAGCACCUGUCACAGCCUCUGGCAACAGCACUGGAGAACUCUCUGGAGUUGCUUGACUUAGAAGAACAAUGGCUUUCUCACUGCAAACCAGCCUACUUAUCUGUCUCACACUCUGCGUGUUAAUCGAGGAAGGGUUUGGACUGCCUGUUUCUCAGUCAUCUGAAAAAAAUGGGGGCUCGUCUUCUGUGGCCAAGAGGGUUCGCACCAAGCGCUGCUCUUGCAAUAACUGGAUGGAUAAGGAGUGCAUCUACUUUUGCCACUUGGAUAUUAUCUGGGUCAACACGCCUAGUAAGAUCACCCCGUAUGGUCUCGGAAGUCCCCUAUCUCGUCGCCGGCGCUCGACCAAACGUUGCGAAUGCGCCAACCCGAGUGACGCUACCUGUUCCAGUUUCUGCCACACCAGCUCCAUGGACUCAAGCAUGUUGGUGGUGAGCCCACUAGAUCAUGACGUUAAGAAGACUGGAAAAGACCUGCUGAGUUAUUUUAGGCAAGUGGCCAAGUCUAAUGUAAUUGCAGCCGAGCAUUCUUCUUCACCCAAGAAGAAACCUUUCAAGACCAACAAGUCUUGGAUCAGCUAGAGGGAGAUUCAGGGCAGCGACGUACACAAGGGAGCAUCUGAACAAAAACCUCGGGAGGAGGAGGCGGUGUCUUGUCGUCUGACGAGGUGGAUUCCCCCGGGAUUAUGACUAAGAUUAAGGCUUCAGGCUUUGAAGAAACCUUUUCAACGAUGUGAUUCAAAGGAGGUCCUGGAAGAAGCCUUUCAGAAGAAGCCAGAAAAGCAGAAGAAACCAAGAAUAUAGGUUGAAAUAAUAAACCUAUAGAGAGAAUCAAGUUGAGGUCAAGGAACUGAAGCUCAAUUAACUUUUUUUUAAGAUACUGAAUAUAUGGAAUGUCUGAAGUCGAGGCAUUGUAGGUUUGCCGUGGAUUGUUGUUCUCAAGGGAGACUGUGGAACACCUGGAGGACACUGAGCACCUAUGCAAUGGUGGCCUUUUUUGUAAAGACCUUUUUAAAGGAAUUACUACCGUAAAAGGACAUGCAAAAGUCACUAGUUUAACAUUAUCAAUUGCAAAAAAAAAAGUUUUUUGUUGCUGGUAGGAGUUUCCUGUCAUAUCAAGAGAAGUUAAAAUGUAACAGUCUUAUUUUUGCCGCUGAUAUUUUUUAUUUUAUUUUGUCUACUCUGUUACUGACUAUGUUAUUAACUAUGUUUGCACUUACUAUAUUCUACUACUCAAUUUAGCUGCAAUAACUUAACGUACUUUCUCUGUAUCAGAGCUUAAACGAGAUCAUCAUUUCUUCUGGAAAUGUGUAAAAUAAUCAGUCACCAAAACCCUAUAUUAGUUCAAACCGUUGCCAAUCUAUGAUUACAGUGAGCAAAGGUUGCUGGGCUUGCUUAUCUCUAUGCUUGUCAGCGCCAAUACCUUUUUUUAUGGCUCAUAUUACCUGCUUUAUGAAACAGACAGCGCUUUUUCAACUUUGAAAACAUCCUGGACCUAUGAGGAAGGUGGUCCCCCCCCCCCCAUAACACCCCCCUCCCUCUCCCCUCACAAACACUAAUUCUCUUUUCAUGACUGUUCAUUUUCCCUUUGUUUUCUUCCCUGGCCUCUUUGUGAAGGCGGAAGUAUUUAUUGCAUAGUUACUGCGGCGUGUUUUGAUUUUACCGAAGUGGCAGCGAGUUUCAAUGCCUCGGGCCCUCGCCAAAAAAACUGGAGUAAUUGUUUUUUCCUCCGAUAGAAAAGGCCAGCAGCUAAUGUCCUUGUAAUUGCCCAUUAUGAGAGACAAACAGCGCAUUUCUGUGGAAUGUGUUCUAGUCAAUGCCCUUUUUUUAAGUUGUUUUUUUUUUGUUUUUUUUUUAAACUUCAUUUUAUAACUUCUACUACUACAUGUAUCACAUUAGCUCAAAAGCUUUUUUAUUUUUUGCAUUUUUUUCUUAUGCUCUGCAGCUAUUGUUUCAACUCAUCUCUGCAAGGAAAAGGCCUUUUAUGACCUCCGACUUGAUCACAGAUACUUGAAUGUUUUAUUUUAUUUUUUUACAUGUGAAAAAAUGCCAUUUAUGUUGCAUUUAUUUAUUUAUUUAAUUUAUUGACCUCGCCUAUUAUUUAUGUUUCACAUCUUUUGUACCUCAUCUACAAAGACAAAUGUAUUUUAUCAUAAAUAAAUUAUUAUUGUUAGUGAAACUUCAA